AUGGCACAAGCCAGAAAGGGAGGCCUGUCGCUUGCCGCAAGAAGGGCAAGCACAUAAAAUACGCAACGCAAAUGUUGAGCUUCAUGUUCUCAUAAGAUACCUUGACCUGGCUUGACAAAGCUGUGUGAUGGAGGGAGCUCCCAGAGUGGACUUCAGAGCCACCUUGCUCCCCCCGGUCCUUCUUACUGCCCUCCCAAGAAUUAACUCAGGGGUCGGCAUAAGACUCUGGGUAACCCCGCGCGUGGCCCUUUUCUGCCUCUGUGAGCGAGCGGGGCGCAGGGAGGAGAGCGAAGCGCCUCCAUAAUGACUGGCUGGGAGACAGCCCCUGCUGUGGCUGAGACCCCUGAUAUCAAGCUGUUUUGUAGCCUUAUUGGAGUUUACCGAUUGGGUCUGCAUUGUUCCGGGACAGGAGGAAGGAAGUCAAAUGACACCGAUAGCAGAAGGCACUUGCGUGGUGAGUCCACAGCAAGUCCAAAGAAAUCCGAGAUUACAUGCAGUAUACAUAUCCUCCAGGAACCCUCUCCCUCCUUCCCCAGGAAUCCAACCACGUCAGCCUAUGUACGCAGGUUGACAUCACAUAUGUUCUUGCUCUGGUAUUCUUAACCAUAAAAGGGUAUUCCUUCCUGUACUUCUGACCAUAAAAGGAUCUUUCUCUUCCUACUCUUAUCUUGGAGGAAGAGGUCGUCAUCUCCGAGAACACGCUCUGGCGUUGUUCCCGGACUUGGGUCUGUGCGUCUUUUGUGGUCAGAACGUAAGAUAAGGCACAGACGUGUCUUCUCUGUUCUACUGGUACAGUCAGGGUCAUCCCUUGCCGUGACUGAUAAAGGAGAGAGUUUGUUUAUGCAGCUGUGUCCUUGUUAUGCAUUUGCUCAACAGCUCAAGUUUUAUGAAUUUUAGAGUGCUCUCUUGUAGGGUUGAGUCAGUUUUAAACUGACUGCACAGAAACCCAUUCCUUCAGUUUGGGAAAUUGAGUACAGAUGAUGUGCAGAUCAGUGAUAUCUCCUUGCAGGAUUACAUUGCAGUGAAGGAGAAAUACGCCAAGUAUUUGCCACACAGUGCUGGGCGCUAUGCUGCCAAGCGCUUCCGGAAAGCCCAGUGUCCUAUCGUUGAGCGCCUCACUAAGUCAAUAAUGAUGCACGGACGCAACAAUGGCAAGAAGCUCAUGACUGGGCGCAUCAUCAAGCAUGCCUUCGAGAUCACCCAUCUGCUCACAGGAGAGAACCCCCUUCCAGUCCUGGUGAAUGCCAUCAUCAACAGUGAAGACUCUCCCUCGUGA